AUGCCUUAUGGGCAUCUUAUUGAUGUGGCGUUAAGACAAUACUCCCUUUCCCCCCAGUGGCCAGCCUCCAGAAUACAUUUCCGCUGCUUUCCUUACUCUCCCCUACCCGUGGUGCACGACGGGAGUCGCAUCGUGCUGACGUGCGGCGCGGCCCAGGCGGGGUGCGAGUGGCGCAGUCGGAGCCCGCUGCGGCCCCCGAGGAAGCGAGGAGGCGGCGGCGGCUGUGGCAAGGCAGAAGAGGAGGCAAGGCGAGGUAGCGACUCCAGGUCCCGGAGGACUCAGGACCCCGAAAAGCAGUCGCAGAAACCACCCCCCCUCCCCGACCCGACCCGGCGGGCGGAGGCGGAGGAGGAGUCGGCGGCGGCGGGAGCGGUGGUGCCCCCUGGGCACGGGGCCAUGUACAACGGGAUCGGGCUGCCGACGCCCCGGGGCAGCGGCACCAACGGCUACGUCCAGCGCAACCUGUCCCUGGUGCGGGGUCGGAGGGGUGAGCGGCCUGACUACAAGGGCGAGGAAGAACUGCGGCGCCUGGAGGCUGCCCUGGUGAAGCGGCCUAACCCUGACAUCCUGGACCACGAGCGCAAGCGGCGCGUCGAGCUGCGAUGCCUCGAGCUGGAAGAGAUGAUGGAAGAGCAGGGGUACGAGGAACAACAGAUCCAAGAGAAAGUGGCAACCUUCCGACUCAUGUUGCUGGAGAAGGAUGUGAAUCCUGGGGGCAAAGAAGAGACCCCAGGGCAGAGACCUGUAGUAACUGAGACUCACCAGCUGGCAGAGUUAAAUGAGAAGAAGAAUGAGCGGCUCCGAGCCGCCUUUGGUAUCAGUGACUCUUAUGUUGAUGGUAGCUCCUUUGACCCCCAGCGUCGGGCUCGAGAGGCCAAGCAACCAGCAGCAGAACCUCCUAAACCUUAUAGUCUUGUUCGGGAGUCUAGUAGCUCACGAUCUCCUACCCCAAAGCAAAAGAAGAAGAAAAAGAAGAAAGACAGAGGCCGCAGGUCAGAGAGUAGCUCUCCUCGAAGGGAGAGGAAAAAGAGUUCGAAGAAGAAGAAGCACAGGUCAGAGUCUGAGUCCAAGAAACGGAAACAUAGGUCUCCUACUCCAAAGAGCAAACGCAAAUCUAAGGACAAGAAACGGAAAAGGUCUCGAAGUAUAUCACCUGCUCCAAAGAGCCGCCGGGGUCAUCGUUCAACCUCAGCUGAUUCUGCCUCGUCUUCUGACACCUCCCGCAGUCGGUCUAGAAGUGCUGCAGCUAAACCCCGUACAACCACCUUGACUCAACGCAGCUCCUCUCCUGUUACACGUCGCCAUGGAGAGGGAGAUGCUCCAUCCAGGGAAUCUGCAGCCAUCAGCACAGAGCGGCUCCACAGCCCUGAGGUGCCGCCUCCUACUCUACGGUCCAGCAGUCCCCAUGAGGAUAAAGAUAAGGAAAAAGAAAAAGACAAGAGGGAGAAAGCUGCCCAGCAUCUCCUCAACCAACCAAAGCUCCCCGACAUGGCAGUUCCUCACCUGAAAGUCCCCCCAAACCCGCACCAGCUCCUGCUCCUCGCCGGGAGCUUUCUCCUUCCCCCACAACCAAGAGCAGCCGUUCACGGGGACGUGCAAAGCGGGACAAAUCAAGAUCUCACACCCCUACCCGUAGGGUGGGAAGGUCUCGCAGCCCUGCCACUACUCGAAGGGGACGAUCACGGUCCCGGACCCCUAACAGGAGGGGUCGUUCUCGAUCUAGGACCCCACAAUGGCGUAGGUCACGGUCCCCACAGCGAUGGGGAAGAUCUAGAAGUCCACAGAGGCGAGGCCGCUCGAGGUCUCCUCAACGGCCUGGCUGGUCUAGAAGCAGGAAUGCUCAAAGGCGAGGAAGAUCUAGGUCAGCAGCAAGGCGAGGCAGGUCACGCUCUAGAUCCCCAGCUACCCGGGGAAGAUCUCGGUCUAGAACACCAGCUCGGAGGGGCAGAUCUCGCUCUAGGACACCUGCCAGACGGAGGUCUCGCUCUAGGACACCUGCCAGACGGAGGUCUCGCUCUAGAACUCCAGCCCGUCGUGGUAGGUCUCGUUCCAGAACGCCUGCUAGACGAAGGUCUCGUACCAGAUCACCAGUACGACGGAGAUCCCGAACCCGAUCACCAGCCAGACGAGGUGGCAGGUCCCGUUCCAGAACACCUGCUAGACGAGGGGGAAGGUCUCGCUCUAGGACUCCAGCUAGACGAGGUGGCAGAUCCCGUUCCAGGACCCCUGCCAGGCGUGGUAGAUCCCGUUCCAGGACCCCAGCAAGACGUGGACGAACUCGUUCUAGAACCCCAGCCAGACGAGGGAGAUCUCGUACUAGAAGCCCGGUCCGCCGUGGAAGAUCUCAUUCUAGGACACCACAAAGAAGAGGCCGGUCUGGCUCAUCAUCAGAGCGGAAAAACAAAUCAAGAACAUCUCAGAGGAGGAGUAGAUCUAACUCCAGUCCAGAAAUGAAAAAGUCUCGCAUUU